AUGGCUAGCAUCAUCUCCAACGACGAGCACCAAAAUGCCGGCACUAUUGAAUUGAAGGAUGACACCAUCAUCGUGGUGCUCGGUGCAUCCGGUGAUCUGGCUAAGAAGAAGACGUUCCCUGCGCUCUUCGGUCUCUUCCGCAACAAGUUUCUCCCCAAGGACAUUAAGAUCGUCGGAUAUGCGCGGACGAAAAUGGACCACGAAGAAUACCUUAAGCGUGUGCGCUCUUACAUCAAGGUCCCUACAAAGGAUAUCGAAGAGCAAUUAGAUCAGUUCUGCACAUUCUGCACCUACGUCUCCGGUCAAUAUGACGAGGACGACUCCUUCAUCAACCUCAACAAGCACCUCGAGGAGAUCGAACACAACCGCCAAUCAAAGGAGCAGAACCGCGUCUUCUAUAUGGCUCUGCCCCCCAGUGUUUUCAUUACUGUGUCUGAGCAAUUGAAGCGUAACUGCUACCCCAAGAGCGGUCUUGCCCGCAUUAUUGUCGAGAAGCCAUUCGGUAAGGAUCUUCCUAGCUCGCGCGAUCUUCAGAAGGCCCUGGCCCCCAACUGGAAGGAGGAAGAGAUCUUCCGUAUCGACCACUAUCUUGGUAAGGAGAUGGUCAAGAACAUCCUCAUCCUCCGAUUCGGCAACGAGUUCUUCAACGCUACAUGGAAUCGCCACCACAUCGAUAACGUUCAGAUCACAUUUAAGGAGCCUUUCGGCACUGAGGGCCGUGGUGGUUACUUCGAUGAGUUCGGCAUCAUCCGUGAUGUCAUGCAGAACCAUCUUCUCCAGGUUCUGACCCUGCUCGCCAUGGAGCGCCCCAUCUCUUUCUCUGCCGAGGACAUCCGUGACGAGAAGGUCCGUGUUCUGCGCGCGAUGAGCGCGAUCGAGCCCAAGAAUGUCAUUAUUGGUCAAUACGGUCGUUCCCUGGAUGGCAGCAAACCCGGAUACCUGGAGGAUGACACUGUACCCAAGGAGUCGCGUUGCCCUACCUUCUGCGCCAUGGUCGCUUACAUCAAGAACGAGCGUUGGGAUGGUGUUCCCUUCAUCCUGAAGGCCGGAAAGGCCCUCAACGAGCAAAAGACCGAGGUCCGCAUUCAGUUCAAGGACGUCACUUCCGGCAUCUUCAAGGAUAUCCCCCGCAACGAGCUCGUCAUUCGCGUGCAGCCCAACGAGUCCGUUUACAUUAAGAUGAACUCCAAGCUGCCUGGUCUUUCCAUGCAGACGGUAGUGACCGAGCUGGACUUGACCUACCGCCGCCGCUUCUCCGACCUUAAGAUCCCCGAGGCCUAUGAGUCCCUGAUCCUGGACGCCUUCAAGGGCGACCACUCCAACUUCGUCCGUGACGACGAGCUCGACGCCAGCUGGCGCAUCUUCACCCCUCUCCUGCACUACCUGGACGACAACAAGGAAAUUAUCCCCAUGGAGUACCCAUACGGCUCCCGCGGACCCGCCGUUCUCGACGACUUCACUGCUUCAUACGGCUACAAGUUCAGCGAUGCCGCUGGUUACCAGUGGCCCGUCACCAACACUGCCCCUAACAGACUGUAG